AUGGCGACUGAAAAAGCGAGAGAUGGAGAAGAUAAGAAGCAGACGAAGAGAAAGAAGAAGAAGAAGAAAAAAAAAAAAAAGGAGAAGUUCCUGCUCCUCGCUCUUCUGCCCCUUGCUCUCCAGCCUAAAAAAGAUAAGCUUAAAAGCCAAAAAACAGACGUUGAAGCUGAAGAUGAAGGCGAUGGAGGUGUUGCAGCUUUGAUAUCCAGCAGAAAGGAGUGGAAAGGGACUGCGACCAGCCGAGGUGGCACUGGGCCUUGGCUGCGUCGCUCUUCACGCAGUUCUCCAGAGGAAAACGUCAAACUCAACCCAACCUUUCCCCAAUCUGAUAAUCUUCAGCAGAACUCCCUGUCAUCUCCCCUUACCCUCUCGCCAUCAACCGAAGUUAUUAGGAUUUCUUUCUAG